GCCGUGACGUCAGUCGUCAGUGUGUCUUCUGCGUUCGUCGGGGACGUUGCGGGAUGUGUACGUCGUUUCGUGUCCGGUGCUGUUGACGUGAUUCAGCCAUGUUUAAGUCCCAAUUGCUGGCGUAAAUUUUACUUUGUGUUGGUGAAUUUAAGUUGUUAAGUGUUACCCUUGUGCUGUGGAUUACCCCUUCUACUGGAUUUGCACUCUCUUCAUCAUGAGUUGGGGCACAGAGCUUUGGGACCAGUAUGACAAUUUGUCAUUUCACACGCAGAAGGGGAUAGACUUUCUGGAGAAGUAUGGACAGUUCAUCCGGGACAGAUGCCAAAUAGAGAUGGAAUAUGCUGGAAAACUCAGGAGGCUUGUCAAGAACCACCAGCCCAAGAAGAAGGAGGAGGAAGAUUAUCAGUACAGCCCAUGCAGAGCAUUCAAACUUGUAAUGAAUGAGGUCAAUGAUUUAGCUGGACAGCAUGAGGUUAUCGCAGAAAAUUUGCAGACUCACAUUAUCCGCGAAGUUAAUAUGCUUGUCAAGGAUUUUAAAGAGGACAGGAAAAAGCAUUUACAAGAUGGAGCUAGAAUGAUGACAAGUCUGAGCAAUCAAAUAGCAACUCUUGAAAGAGCUCGUAAAAAUUAUGAGAAGGCAUUCAAAGAAGCUGAGCGAGCCCUAGACAAUUAUCAGAGAGCUGAUGCAGACCUUGCUCUGUCACGAAUGGAUGUUGAAAAGCAAAGAACUAACAUGACAAUCAAAUCACAACAGUGUGAAGAUGCAAAAAAUGAGUAUGCCAAUCAACUACAAAAAACUAAUGACCUUCAGGCACAGCACUAUCAGCAUCUUAUGCCAGAUAUUUUCCAACACUUGCAAGAGCUAGAUGAGAAAAGAAUCAAAAACAUAAAGAAUUUUAUGACACAAUCCGUAGACAUUGAAAGGAGUGUUUUUCCAAUUAUAAACCAAUGCUUAGACGGAAUUAUCAGAGCAGCAGAUCAAAUAAAUGAAAAAGAGGACACACAAAUGGUGAUAGAACGAUAUAAGUCUGGCUUCAUUCCUCCUGGUGAUUUCCAAUUUGAAGAUCUCAGUGCUCUGAAGAGUGGUGAUGCACAGCCAAUGAUUAUAAAUAAUGCCAUCACAUCCAUCAGACCAGAGGCCAUAACAGUCAGAGGAACGAUGUCUGCUAAUAAAUUAAAGAAGAGAGUAGGAAUUUUUAACAUUUUCAGCUCUAACAAGAACAAUCUAUCUCCUUAUGGUGAAAACAAGGAGGACUACAGUGACCUACCUCCCAAUCAAAGGAAGAAGAAAUUGCAGCAACGUUUAGAGGAAAUUUCUGCUAAAAUUCAACAAGAGACUGCUGCCAGGGAUGGUUUAAUGAAAAUGAAAGGAGUUUAUGAACAAAAUCCAGCAUUGGGUGAUCCUAUGUCAAUAGAGGGUCAGCUAAAUGAAAGUGGCCAUAAGCUAGACAAGCUCAGACAGGAACAACACAAGUUCCAAAUGUAUCUUGAGGAUGCUCAGGACAAUGGUGCUUCAAUCAUGAAUGUAUCCCCCUCAGUGCCCGGCCGACGGCUCAAAUCACAACCUCCUCGUUUGAUUAAUGGGGCGGGGCAGCGUAAUCACAGACAUAGUGGAGGUUCGGGUGGGGAAGAAGAAUCUCUCAGCCGCUCAGCAUCAGACUCAAGUGUUUCAAACCCCACAACAAAUAACAAGCAGUCAGCUCCAGGAACCCCUCUUCCAUCCCACAACUCUUCACACAGCCCCGAGUCAGGACUGGGCACAUCACAUACUUCCUUGCCGGACUCAGAUGAACCGGAGCCUACAGACAUUGAUGGCAAUGCUCAACCCGAGUAUUAUGAUGCCGACCAACUUCCUGCAUUAGGAAUGUGCAGAGCACUUUAUCCGUUUGAAGCCACCAGUGAGGGUUCGAUUCCAAUGUACGAUGGUGAAGAACUCCACAUCAUUGAGUUGGACCAAGGAGAUGGGUGGACGCGAGUUCGAAGACAGGGAGACACCGAGGAAGGCUUUGUCCCAACAUCUUACAUUGAAUGUACACUGUUCAAUAACUCCUAGGGCCCCAUGCGGGCAGAUGACGUUAAUCGUCCAUCUGCCCGUAGUACAUUGGCCCACCACUUGAACAAGGUCAAGUGGUUUCUCAAUAUGUAAGGGAGUCAGAGACAGUGUGGUGGCUAUCAUCUGCUCAAACUUUCACCCUCUACUGGUACUAAGCAUCUACGACAUCAAGCGGGUGCUGUUAACAUAACUGUUGUGCUUCAGCUUAUGUGCGUACAUGAGCAGUGAAGUUUUUUGUUUUAAUUCAUUUGUUUACAUAACUUGUCAUUAAAAUAGAUCGAUCUGGCGAUCACUCUAGUCGGCAAGUAGCAUACUUGGGUUGUAUGGACAUAUGUCAUGUCUAGUUACAUACCUUUAAGCUACACAUUUUAGAUUGUGUAAUUCUUAAAGCACCCCUUGAAAUAUAUUCAUUUUACAAAUUGACGUAAAAAUAAAGAGUAACAAUUAAGGAUUUGGAGAAUUGUUGCCUUGAUUAUUGCUUUCGUUCUAGAUUUGUUAGCAAAAUUUAACUCGAUGAGCUGUUUUAUUUUUGUUGCAACUGCUGUCAUAUCGUUUUUAGAUCUAAGAAAAGUGUGAAACUGUUGUGAGGUGGUGAGCAAGAGUCAGUACAAGCAUCACUCAUGAAGACUGUUAAUUAUGGAGGUAUUGUUCAAGUUACAAGUUGUGCUUCACUUUUUUAAAGAUAUAAUUAUUUUUGUAUUACAAGGUGUGUGGUGUAGUUUGAGUAUAAGUGAAGAAGUUUCAUGACACAAGGGAAUUAUAUUUUGUAACGUCACAGGUCCUACCAAAAUUAUGUUUAUACUCCCCACUCCCUUCAACAGAAAGAUUCCUGCAUUAUUUGUUUCAAUGUUUUAUGAUACCAGCAUUUGUAUUGAUCUGAUGCAAUUUAGGCAGUUUUAGGUGGAAAUCACUCAUCAACUGCUUUUAGGGCUUUCUCUAUCAUGUACUGUUCUGAUGUAAUUUAUUGUAUUUCUUUUGUAGAAAAUUCUUUGUAAUGCAAUGAGCCUUUACUGGGUCUCAAAAUUUUAAUCCUUUGAAACUUGUUGCCAAUCAAUGCAUUUAAAAAUCAUUUAACUACGUAGAAAGUUAUCUGCACACUGGUCAAUUGCAGUGAGGCUUAGAAAGUGCCACAAAAUAUUGCUGACAUGAAAGUUAUGUGAAGUGGGCUUGUGUCUUGCAUUUCUUCCUUGUAAAUGUUCUGCAAGCACACACCUCGAGGAAAAUGUCAGCUUAGUAUGUGUCAUAUUAGCCAUCUUGUUGCUUUUUUGCCCUGUAUUUUCUUCUCUCCUUUUGUAUGGUCUUCCUGUCUUGGAGAUUUUUUUAUUUCAAUCCAAUUGCAUUUUACAAUGCUUUCUUUAUUGAAACCUUGCUUUUGUAGACUGGGCAGUGACCAUUCAGCUGACAUUUGGAGGCCUGUUUGUAGUGUGCUGCAACUUUUAGGUAAUAUUUAAUAUGUUAGGAAAAUCUAAUAAGUAAAUGCUCUAGAAUGACUGAUGUUAGCUAUGGUAUGACAGUGUGGUUCAGGUUGAUAUGUUGUGUUCCUGUAAAUAAGAAUAGUCUGUUGUCUGUAAAUAUUUUCUGUAAAUAGUUCUAAUUACAUGUCACUUUUCUGUCUAUUUUAAAAUGGUGACUUUUGAUGUACAUAAAAGUAAUAGAAUUCAGUUGGUAUUCUUUUAAAGUGAGAACGUUCUUGUUAUUUUAUCUUGCACUGUUUAAUUUUAUUUCAAGAUUGAUUUUUGUCUAUUUUAUGUUAGAUAUUUCUUUCACAUGUACAGAUUCAAUUUAUUUACUUUUCUGUGAAUUUGUAUUUAAUAAAUAAAGUGUAAAACCAUGUGUAUUUGUCAAUAUUAAUAUUUGAAUUAAUCCAUUUCUUCUUCUGCUGCUUGUGUGCAGAUGUUAUCUUAUUUUUGACCCGCUUUUGUUGGUGGAGGAACCGCAUCCUCGCUUAGUGGGCCUUAGUUGAGUCGCUACUACUAUUAACUGGCAGCAACUUAACUCAUAAGUAUACAUGCAUUCCUUACCUACUCUCACUGUGACUUUGUUAAUUGCUUUCUUUCUUCAUUUUUAAAAUUCUAAGGUACAUGUUUUGUUUGACUCAAUACCUAAUUAAUGUAGAUCAAAAGCUGUAUCCAUGACAUUCUUUCUUUCUUUUCCGCAAUGGACGUUGUCUUGACUUCUUGUUUAAAUUAAGGAUGCAAUGUACUCAAAUGUUAUUUUCCUAGUUUGACGAUUUUUUUUUUGCCUGGACCUGCUCACUGUGUGGGAAGUUCUAUCUACUCCAAGGCUCUCAGUGAGGUCAUGUCCUAAUUUAAUGAAGUUUUCGGUGAUUACAGUCUUGUCCAUUGCUUCAUGUGGUUCAUGUACGUAGUAGGAUCAACUUACCAAAUCUUUUCUUUUACUUUUAUCCGUCCCAUGUAUAUUGAAGAUAAGCUCUAGUUUUAAUUCAAGUUUGCUGAUCCAAAAUUUUUGUUUUAUGCUUUUUGUUCUUUAAGUCUGUACAGCGCUUAAGUAUUUCGAUUGUUGAGUUCUUGUGUGAAUAAAACGUUUUGUAUAGUGUUUGGUGUAACCAUCUGCCAUGUUCUGAAAAUUUGAUUCCAACAUCAUACAAUUUUGGCGAGGAGAGUUGAUUAUUAUGUGAUAAAUUGUGUGAGUGAUGCCUGAGAGUAUCUAUAGUAUUAAACUUUCACAAUGAA